AUUAGAUAGAGUUACCUACAGAAAGUCAGACAAACUAUGGAUCACACAAAUGUUGUUUGCCUAAAGCACUACUUCUAUUCAACUACGAGUACAAAUGAACUUUUUCUCAAUUUAGUCAUGGAAUAUGUUCCAGAAACUAUGUAUAGAGUGCUAAAGCAUUAUAGCAAUAUGAACCAGAGAAUGCCACUCAUCUAUGUUAAGCUUUACACCUAUCAAGUAUUUAGAGGGCUGGCUUACAUGCAUACUGUUGCUGGCGUAUGCCACAGGGACUUGAAGCCUCAGAAUGUUUUGGUAGACCCUCUUACUCACCAAGUAAAGAUUUGCGAUUUUGGAAGCGCGAAAGUGCUGGUUAAAGGAGAAGCAAACAUCUCAUACAUCUGCUCGCGGUUUUAUCGGGCUCCUGAACUCAUAUUUGGUGCAACAGAGUAUACUACUUCAAUUGAUAUCUGGUCAGCUGGCUGUGUCCUUGCUGAGCUUCUUCUUGGCCAGCCAUUGUUCCCUGGAGAAAAUGUUGUGCACCAGCUUGUUGAGAUAAUCAAGGUACUUGGAACACCGACAAGGGAGGAAAUUCGCUGUAUGAAUCCAAACUAUACUGAUUUUAGGUUUCCACAAAUCAAAGCACACCCUUGGCAUAAGGUAUGCUUUCACUUGACUUUAGUCGUACCUCGUGGAACAACAAUUUGUUGUCUUGCUGCUUGCUGUGUGUAUCAUUCCUGUUGAAUU